AUGAACGCGCACACUCGCUUCGCCCUCGCUGUGAACACACACGGCAACCUCAAGUUUCUGCACGACAAGACCCAGGCAAGCAAAGACAACAAUACCCACAAGACCGACAACCAGGCUGCCGAAGUCACCGUCGCGAUGAAGCAGCGUCGAGAUUCGAAAUUCUCAAGAAAGAUGAAGUCACUGCUUCCAGGCAAGAAGACCAAGGCUGAGCCGGCAUCCGAGGAGGACGAGGCUGAACGGAAGCGCUCGACCAUGGCCCAGCUCGUCGGUUCGCACGCGUUUGUGCAGUUGGGGCGACGCUAG